AUGCAGACCGUUCCAAGUCUUGUUGGAACCGGCACUGCCAUCGCUGCAGCGGCCAGUGGUUUGGUGUUUGGCCAGCCCACUACUGAACCCAACUCUUUCACCCAUUCGACUCGACGUCCUUCUCAUUCCAGACGAGUCUCAAUAGACCGCGAGCCAGUCAUACGCUCACCAUCACCGGGCAACUUUGCUUCGUCACGGCCCGCCACAAGCAACACCGCUGCUUCUGUACUCGGUGCCUCGCACUAUUACACCCUCCCGCGCCCGAUUACCGCCUCAAGACCUCCUCUCUCCCGUUACCAGCGACCGCCUAUGCCCCAGACGCAGUCGACUCCUCCUCCACAGGCUAGCAGCAGGAGGUCGUCUUUCUGCAGGCAUCCCGACUCUCCAGCUAUUAUCCCGGAGUCUCGAGAAUCAGUUUCUUCCAAUGGAUCCUGGAUAAGGCGUCUCUCUAUUCGCCCGCUGUCUCGUCACGAAAGCACAAGGUCGAGUGUUGGUCCUGACGCGCCCUCCAUCUUUUCCCACGGCUCAGCUGCCCCGAUCUUGCGCAGCCCUGCAACAUCGAAUCUACCUCGAAAUAAGCUUGUCAAGCGAUCCACGUCGACCCGCAUCGACCCUGAUCCUCUACCACGACGACGUGCGAAAUCUCACUUACAGAUCUUACCAGUUCUUCGUAGACCAGCUACGAGUCAUCAAAGGUCCGCAACUUUGCAGCUGUCCCGACCUGAUUCUGCCCUGAAUACACCAACAGAUGCGAACAAUUUCUCGUUCGACGAUCCACCACGACCCCACGAGUUCCUUGCCCCAUCUCCGCUCAAACCCCCCUCAAGAUCGGCAUCUAUAAGAAGCGGGUGGAAGUCAUACUUCCACUCUAAGCGGUCAAGCAUAGGCGGACGCCCGGGCUCGAGUAGGUUUGGUGAGUUCAGUCCACAUGCUCGAGGCGCCUUUUCGAAGCGCAUUGUUGUCGAGAACGACGAGCGUAGUCGGGUCCAUCUGGUGAAACCAAGAAUGGUUUCAAGAGCAACAGCCCCCCCUCAAGGUCUGCUUCCAGCUGCGUCAAUUGAAGCAGGAUUCGAACCCACCCAAACUACUAUCGACGAACCAACUGUAUCCUCCGAGAGCACCCCAUCUAGAACACCCCGGAAAUCGAAUUCAAUGCCAUUUGCGUCUGCAGGAACGUGGGCGGUAAGGACAACAGGGAGCAUUCGGCGCCCCAAACGUGGCGCUGAACCAGGGGUCGGGAAUAAACGACGUGUGUCGGAGCCGCUGACUGGCGCGCAAUUUGGUGCUGACCUUGGAACCAAUCCGCCAUCGGAAUCGACCCUCCCCGCAGCAUCACCAUUAUCGGACAGGCAGGGGUUACCGCUUGGUUCAGCUGCCGGCGUGCAGUUGAGAAGUCGUAAAAGGAAUUCCUCGUCACCAAUUCCCCCGCCUCCAAGACUUGCAAAUUUCCAUAUGGAUGCGUCCAGGUUAGGGUAUUCUGCCGGGGUUUCCACUCAUCAAUCCAGACCCAACCAACCCUCUGGAAGUUCUACUAGCUCCACCGCGAUGUCACAACUUAGGGCAUCGCAGCACGACAGGACUUCAACCAUGGAGAGCUCUGAGUGUGACAUUCGGGAUUGCACAUCAGGGGAUGAUGAUGACACGGAUUUUAAAAGUGACACCAUGUUCGACUCGAUACGGACUGUGGGUUCCGGUCGUGCCCGUGCUGUAGAGACACCGUUAGAGUCCAUGUACGACGAGUCACCACCAAGCACUGCCGGCAACGGUACAAAGACAAAGCGGUUGUCAAUCCAUGAGAUGCUCAGUCGGACUUGGGAGGAGGAUGAAAAGAUUAUGGAGGAGGACGAGAAUGCAUCCACACCUGUCCGCACGAUUCAUCGAUCUGAGGUAUCACCGCGCUUUAAGCUCGACUCGAGAUUCAACCCGGCACCUCAUGAUAUCUCAACCUCUGCAAACCAGGAGUACAGCAGGCUGUCCUUGGACGACGAAUUUGACGAUGACUGGGCCAGGGAUGACGAGUUCCCAUGUAACCCCUUGUCGCCUCCCUCCAAAGGGAGCUCACUGAAUUCCAGGGGAAUUAACCCUAAUGUUCGCCUCGCCCUUGCCAAUAUCAGCGGCAAUGGCCUUGCUGAUACAAAUGGCCACGACACUCAGCAUGAUCGUCCGCUUAGCUCACUAUUCGAUUGGAGCGAACCCCCAGCGCACGACAAGUUCGAUACCGAGCGGCCGCUACGGCCAAAGACUUCGUAUACUAAGGAAAUGGACUCUAGAGGCGGCCGUUCCGCCAUGCGCAAAGGCCCAACCCCAACUCACGUCCGAAGUCAGAGUGUUCCAGUUGUUCAUGAUGCUCCCGAGGAUUCUAAAACAAUGGGAUCCAAGUAUGGCACAUGGGGCAUGGGAACUAAGACAAUCAGUGAAGAUUGGGACGACGACUUUGAAUUUGGUGCAAACAGUAUGGGCAGUAACGACAAGGGCGACAAGAUGUUCGCAGUUCCCGAAUCAAUUCGUGCGACUCAACCGAGCGUCAAGGCUCAUUCCGGACAUAUCAGGGAAUUCUCUCUUCUUGUCAAUGACUUGAAGCGUCUCUGCCGCCAUGGACGGGAUAUGAACAUGCUCGAUGGGCCACAGAAAGGCUUGUGGAAGGAGGCGGAUGGUAUCAUUGCUCUUGCAUCUCCCGAUGAAGAGUCGCUAGACGAGGAUGACGACCAAAAGUCUACAUCGUCAAUCAACUUUGACGCAUUCGAUAUCGACGAACGGUUUGGAGACGAAGGCUUCGAUGCACACUCCAUGAACCGCCUUGACGCCGCCUUUGAUGGACACGAACCCCCAAUGUCCAAGACUACUGUAGUCCGAGAACGUCACUCUCCCCGACGAAGGUCUGUCUUCUCUCCCGAGGACGAUAUCUUCGGCAACUGGCCCGGAACGGAUAACCCCCCGUCGGCACGACCCAGUCGCCCCAGAACGCCAGAUAAUAAGUACAACAAGGCCCAUGAUGUUUCAGGAGUAGUCCGCUCCGUCAUUGGAGCAAUGCAACACCGUGUCCCUGACCAGACACCUGAUAAUGGCAAGGUUCACUUCGACACCAACAGUCUGAAGGCCCUAGUUAAGAGAGCUGGCGACUUGCGGGAUCUGCUAUCGGAUAUUGUUCGACAGGCAGAUCAGAUUACGCAAAGCCCCAUGCGCACACCCCGGAAUGAGCGUCAGCAUGAUUCAAGUCCAGCAUUUACUCGAGUAUUCGAUGACCCCGGCUCAAGUCCACCUAGAAGAGUGGUACGAAGCCGUGGCAACAAUUCACUCAGAGAAGCCGCGUCGUCUGAUAACUCGCCAUCUUCCGGCCUACCACAACGAAUGCAGAUGAUGACUGUCAACUAA